UAUUAUACAGCAGUCGAACUCUGAGCACAAUGUUGUUGUUCCUGAAAUAUAUUUAUUAGACUCAUUAGAAUUAAACUCUAACUCAGUAGAUAAUAUUAAAAAUACUCAAAUACAUACAGAACAUUAUGGAAAUAAGCCAAGGAGA